CAAUUCAACACCUUUUCCCAACAUGGAAGGGUUGGAAACAACGUGACCGUCACAAAAUCACGACUGAAGUUGCGCCUCCUUGGGAAGAGUUCAGGUCCAAAGCCAAAAACGAUGCCAGGUCUGUGUGCAGUUUUAGGGCACCACAGACCACAUGCGGCACUACACUACAUGUACCGUGUCGUGCUCAGUGCCUCUCUCUGUCCUUUUAACAAUUGACCAUUCAUGUAGUUCUUCUUUAGUUGCGUGUUGUCUUCUCCAGAGCAACCAUCAUCAUCAUUAUGUUGGGGCGACAUCACAACAAGCAAGCGCUGAAAGAGGUAGCGAUGCCAAGGUUGACUAACGUUGACGAUGUCGGAUGGCUUCCGUGGCAGCAGCCGUGGUUUGUCUUUGGUGUCGUCCAUGACUUUGGUCGCCUUCUACAAAAGCUCUCUCAACGAAUUGUGUCCUCACAGUACAUACGACAAGGCAAAGAAGAUCCGGAAAAGCUCUCCAAUGAAGUUGCCUUGCGUUGCUUCCAAGACGUGAUUGAUGACAUGGUUUCCCUUGAAUCCAACCUAAAACAGGAAUAUGGCUCGAGCGCAAGGUCUUGCAAGAGUCACACGCGAGACAGCAUAUUGAUAACCAGUCACUUUUUGAAGGGGAAACUAUCGUUGAUGAAAGUUGGCAUGAAAGGAAGGCAGCUUCGAGUGGCGAAAAAACAACUUUCUGCUGUGCUUCGGUUGGAAAGUUCGGCCAAAUAUCUCCAAGAGUCCAUAGAGGAAAGAUUCGAACUUCAACACUGCCCGCCGGACGCCGCCACCAGAAGCGAUUCCCUUGUGUUGGCUGAGUGCAUCGCCCGUGUAGCGGUUGACUGCCUUGGCAGCGGACAGCGCCAAGAUCUCGCCACGAACCUAAUGUACAUGUCGCUACGCAUCUAUCAGAGGCUUGACUCCCACACACCGGUCGUGGACUUGGCAGUCGCCCACAUCAAUAUGGCACACGCAUUUUGGAGCGUCGGAAUGCUAGACCGAGGCCGAGAAAUGUGCCGGAAGGCUUUGGCCUUAUUACUAGCAGCAGAAGCCCAAGACACAGCCAGGGCCCAAAAGGACUACAUGGAAACCUUGGCGAAGUGCUACCGAUUCUUAGGACACACGUCUCGUGAUGAUGCUGCCGCUCUGUCGUACUAUCAACUAGAGUUGGAAAUUCACGAGAAGCAGCGCUGGUCUGGCGAGACGACCGCAGCCGUUCAUGUGGAGAUUGCCGCGUGCCUUUGUUCGACAAGUCCGGAGCGUUCCCUCCAACACAGCGAACAAGCUUUGCUGCUGACCCAAUGUAGCCUUCGCACAGUUGACAUUUACAUAAACAUGGCAGCGGCACUGGCACUUGCGGAGCGUAAGGUGGAAGCAAGAAAGUACCUGCUCCAAGCUAAGGAAAUGACUGAGGAAAUGAUACGGUUGGACGAAAGCGAGAGCAGCGAUGAAGAGACUCAAAUGCGUGCGACUCGACAGAUGCUCUCCAUUUGUGGCAGUUUGGGUCGUCUUGAUGAUGAGGAUGGGGAACCUUUUGGCCUUCCAUUGGAAAAUGGUUCCCGUGAAUGAAAUCCUCUGCACCGUCGCCGUGUAAGCUUGUGAACGCUAGCUAGGAACGAUGAACUAUGCGCGUCCGCUAGCUAGCAAUAGAUUAAUGAGAUGAGAUAUCUAUAGUAGGAGUCAAAGGUACCCUACCCAAGGGACGUCAUCUCUGCAGUUUACUGGAUCUGCCAUA